UCGCGACUGGUGGCGCUCACCCUAGGAAUCGCUGCAAACGCAAUAUACGACGACUAUGACACAUCCGUGUUUUUGAUCCUGCCGCGCGCAUCAACUCAUAUCCAGCAGCUACUGCGUGCGGUGGCGCAAGUGGUGGUCCGGUGGGACUCGUUCUACUUUUUGCACAUCUCGGAAUCGGGCUAUGUGUUUGAGCAGGAGCACGCCUUCUUCCCGCUGCUGCCGGGGCUGAUGCGUCUGCUGGACAGCACGGUACUGGCGCCGCUGCAUCUGGUGGUCGAUCGGCAGCUGUCGCUGACCAUCGCCGGCCUCGUCGUCUGCAACCUGGCAUUUGUGCUUGCGGCAGUAGCGCUAUACAAGCUGGGCUGCAGGACCCUGAAGAACGAGUCCCUGGCGUACAUCGCAGCGCUGCUGUUUGUGCUAGCGCCGUCCAACAUGUUCAUGUCGGCUAUUUACACCGAGAGCCUGUUUGCCUGGCUUGUAUUCACUGCAAUCUUGAGGACCACCGAGCAAAAGCACGCCGAGGCGUCGCUAUGGCUCUGCCUGAGCUCGCUGUGCCGGUCAAACGGUGCUUUAUACUCUGGGUUCAUCGUGUGGGACAUGGUGGUCAUGAGCGAGGCGUGGAGCAGCAAAACACUGGCGCUGCCGAGGCGGGCUGCUGUUAUUGCGCUGCAGAUGGUCAAAGCGCUAGCGCUGGUUCUCAUUUCGUCACUCGGAUUUAUGGCGUUCCAGAUAUACGGGUAUCGCGAAUUCUGCAUGAAUGGCUCUGUUACACCGCGCAGGUACUGCAGCAGCACGCUGCCGCUCCUCUACAGCUUCGUGCAGGACGAGUACUGGAAUGUCGGGUUCCUGCGCUACUACACUGUGCAGCAGAUUCCCAACUUUCUGCUCGCACUUCCGAUGGCUGGCCUGUCGGCAGCUGGUCUCUGGGCCUACUCGCGGCACGAUGUGUCCCGGAUCCUGACCCUCGGAUGGCGAUCGAGCCAGGAGCGCAAGCGCUCGGUACGCACGCACUCGCUGCACAUGGCCUAUUUCGGCGACGAUCUGCUGCCGCACAUGUAUCUGUGGGCGCUGCUGCUGUGCGUGGCCACCACAACGAUGCACGUCCAGGUCAUAACCCGGUUUUUCUCCAGCGUGCCGCCGGUGUUCUGGUUCGCUGCACACCUGGUCAGCUCCGGCAACCGGCUGGUACAGCGUGCGGUGCUGACGUACUUUAUCGGCUACGGGCUGGUCGGCGUUGUCCUGUUCAGCAACUUUUUGCCGCCCGCCUGA